AUGGUUCAUCUAAAAAAAGUUUUAUCAGAACAACUGGGAAUUGGAAUUGGAACUAUUUAUCAAACAAUUUUGGAGUACAAACGGUCCAAAACAAUUUCAUCUCCUAAUAGAACCAAAAAGUUUAUAAAUGUGAAGGAUAAGGUAGAUGAUUUUGAUAAAUAUGCAAUAAGACGGAAGAUACAUAAAUUUUGGUGUGACCGCGAGUUCCCGACGUUAGACAAAAUACUCCAAGUUGUUAACGAAGAUGAGGACUUACCUGAUUUCUCUCGUACCUCAAUGUACAGAUUAGUAAAAUCUAUGGACUUUGUGUACGUGAAACAAGGCCGUAAUAGCGCUUUAAUAGAAAAAACUGAAAUCGUCGAUUGGCGGAGGCGAUAUUUAAGGGCGUAUUGCGAUAUCGAGAGGAGGGUCGGCCAAUAUAUUAUUUGGACGAAACUUGGGUCAAUGCUGGUGACGUUCCAUACAAAGUUUGGUGCGAUAAAUCGGUCAAAUCAGCGAGAGAUGCGACUUCAAAGGGCCUUACAACCGGUGCAGUAA